ACUGGAUUUUUCCUUAGGAAGAAAUCAGUGUUGGCAGCGGUAGUUGAAGGUUCCUGGCUUUCCUCAGCUCUUGCCUCCCCAUACCCCAUCUUUAGCCCAGCCUUAAAAGAGUCCCUGGAGACUGUCCCAUGUCCAUGAAACCACUAUCUGAACAUGCUUUGUAGCAGUACAGAUUAUGAGCCAGCUCUGAAGAUGCAGAGGGACUGCUCCUAUCAGGCUGCACAUGACCAUAUUGAGAUGCGUUAUGGACACAGCAAUCUUAAUCCAGCCUGAACCAGAUUGCUUCGCUGCAUGGCUGGAUCCUUAUCUUCCUACCAGCUGGGGAGGGAUGAGGAGAUGUUCAUUUUGGUAGGAGAGCAUUCAAGCUGUGGGAAGUGGGGGAGGGCUCUUCUUUUCCCUCACAUUGCCAAAUCCUGUUCCCUCUUGCCUUGCUCAUCUUGACAUUGGCUCCACAAGGGCAAUGGCUUCCCCACUUCCUUGCCGUGUGGAGGUUACACCCCCUCUGCUCUCUGCUCCCGCAGGAUUGCUCCUACCCUGCCAGCAGCAUGGAGAGUGUGCGUGAGCUCCAGGACCCACUGUUGGCCAAGGCUAACGGGCACCUCCACAGCAGCUAUUCUUACCACCAGCACCACAGCCAAGAGUACCCCGGCCACCACUGCCAAGGGAAACUGUACUCCUACAUCUUCCAAAACACUGGCGGAGCCAGGACUCACCAGCUGCUGGAUGCCAGCUCCCUGCAGCUGGCUGUGGAAGCCUUGUAUGGCCCCAAUUUCAUCCUUGUGAAAGAUGAGACUGCUCUCAAGGCAAAGGACAGCAAGACAGAGAGCUGUGAGACCACUUUUACAGAAGGUAAAGAGGUUCUGUCUGACAGUCCUGAUGGGCAUGAUGCACAAGGGUCCUGCCUGGUAGAGAGUGACAUCCGCAUCCAAACAGUGUCCUAUGAGGUGGAGGAGGAGGAGCUCCAGGAGUACGAGAGCGACUCCUCUAGUGACAGCGAAAGCGAGGACCAAUUCCUGAUGCUCCCCCCCCGAGACCACCUGGGCCUGGCCCUGUUCUCCAUGCUGUGCUGCUUCUGGCCCUUGGGGAUUGCUGCGUUCUACUUCUCCCAAGGGACCAGCAAGGCUGUCUCCAAAGGAGAUUUCCACUUGGCCAGCUCAGCUUCCCGCCGAGCUCUCUUCCUUGCCGCGCUCUCUAUAACCAUCGGUACAGGCGUGUACGUUGGGGUGGUGGUGGCACUCAUCGCAUAUCUCUCCAAGGGGGGCCACGUGUAACUGCUGCCUGCACACCAGCAUGGUCCCCAGCCAUCAGUCCUCCUGGGAUCAAGCCUUCCUGUGGAGCACAGGGUGCCAGUGCUUGCAAGGACUUCUGGCAUAGCAGGACCCACCUUGGAUACCCCGUGCCAGCUCUUUCCCUUUUCAGACACACAGUAGAUCCUUGGAGAUACUCAAAAGCCACCUGGACAUGGGUGUGGGCAAGCAGCUCCUAGGAGGUCCUGCUUGAGCAGGGCUUGGACCAGAUACCCCCUGGAAGUCCCUUUCCAGCUUCAACUAUUCUGUGUCCUCCCUGGUACUGUGGGGUGACACCAUCUGACAGCAGGGAACUGAGUAGUGACCUGACCGCUGGAACCAGGAGGACCACACUGGAACAUGUGUAAAAGCUGCUGCUGGCUGCUGCCACCAUUCUGCUCCAGGACCACCACUUCCUCUCCCAACCCUGCAGUGGGAACAGCCACCACCGAUGUCUAGGGUUUGCCCAUGAAGGGGACAGGCAAAGAGGAAUGACUGCUCUUUCUUUUGGGCAUCUGGGUCCUGGUGUGGAUUCAGGACUCCUAUGAUGGGGACAACGAUCUCCUGUCAGUGCCAUGAGUGGCACCUGGCCCUUCAGCUGCAGCAAAGGAAGAGGGUGCAGCAUGAACAUGACCAAAAGGCAUGCUCUGGGGUGCUCUCUGCAUCCUUUCCAGAUGGACAUACAGUAACUAGCCUGCUCCAGAUGAGAACCAAGAAGAAAUGCAGGCUGGUCUGUCUUCCUGACAGUCGCCCUGAUCACCAAAGAUGGCAGCAAAACCCACAAGGUUUUCCAGUGUUCACAAUGAUUGUGCCAAUAACUGUAGUUCAGAAGGGCUGGCAUCCCAUGGUGAUCUGGAGAUAUUUGAAGUGGGAACUGCUGCCCACAACAUGACUGUGUGGGGGGAAGAUCUUGACUCUCAACACUGAGCUGGGGGUUUGCACACCAGGAGUGGGGAGCACAAGACUGGCACGGCAUGCAGAGCUCAGGUGGGUGCUGGAAGCAAGGAUCCAGAGAGGAGGAGGCCUGGGGGGAGCACAGGAAAUGGGGAGACCCCAACAUACUCUUUCCCACAUUUUGGAGAGGGGCAUCUCCAUCUGUCCAAGGGCCUCUGCUGACUAGGAAGUACUGUACAUCCAUGCCUACAACUGACUUCUGGGAAUUUGUAUGUUGUCAGUGACAUACCAAGUGCUUCAGGGAUGGACACUAAGGCAGUGACUGCCCCAAAGCGCUCGGUUCAAAGGCCUUUCCUUACCCCUUCCCUGGUGCCCUCUCACUCCUCUGCUGCUGACUCUGCAAGUGGCACAGUGUGCUCCUCACAUGUACAUUUCAUCCUAAAGAAGCAUGUUAAUAUCUGCAAUUCCUGUUGUACUCGAGCCAUAAAGGAGAGAAGCACAUCAGAGACUUGUUCAGAAGCAGUUCUGAAAGUUCCCAUUAUGUUUUAUAAUGUGGAAGAGCUAAUAAAAGAGCAGGCAAAACAACACUUUGCGCUAACGCAGGGCUGCAGAGGGAAGAGGUGAGCUCUGCAGGCUGCUGUGGGAGUGCUGAGAUGACCAAGAGCUGAAGGUGUUCUGUGGCUCCCCAUGGAAAUGAGCAUCCAGCUAGUGGCUGGGCAGCAUGGAGGGGGGCCGUGCUGCAGUGUGCAUCACAGCCAGCAGCCUGUGCUGCGAUGAGAUGGGCUGUUAGCCACGAGGGGGACAAGAACUGGGUAGAGAGAGGUUGGGGUAUUGCUGUUCAGGCUGCUCUGCCUGGAGGAAAAGCUUAAAAUAAAAUGUGUUCAAGGAAGAUCCCCCUGCACAUUUCUGGGUACAGCUCCUGGUCCCCGCAGGAGCAUUUCCAACCUUUUCCAUGUCUCAUUCCUGCCCCUUCUUUAAUUGGAGGCACAGGGGAAAGUACUGGGCUGGAGGGCCAACAGAAUUAAAGUGUUUUCCACUAAUAGCCUGAAUCUCUGAUGAACUUGUAAAGAGGGGAAAAGGGGCCGAGCAAGCACAUCCCUAAGGGAGGUAUUAUGCAAAUGGAGAAAUUAGUUGGAAACAGCCUGAAGGGAAACGUGGAAAUUGAAAUCUGAGGAUCAGCACAGAGACUGCUGCUGAAUAACUUAUCACAGAUGCCCAGUGUCUGCUGCAGCUGCCGGAGCACAAGCAGAAAGGCAGUGAGCACAGCAGUCAGGGAACAGGAGAGGUUCAGAAAUGUGACUGAGCUAAGAAAAAUUAAAAAAAAAUUAAACCCAAUCAGUAGGCACACAAGAGAUUAUUCCCUCCUGUUCUCCCCCAGUACCCCUCAGUACCUCAGUAUCCUCAGCUCCAUGGCAGUUCCAUAGGUGUCCUGACCCCAUGGGGCAUUAAUCUAAAUUAUGACACCUAUUUGCAACUGAGCCUCCCUCACAGAGGCUACAGGUUCUGCGUGGCAACCCUAGCCCCAACCUACUGCAUGGGCAGGUUCCUGCAGACCCCCAGGCACACUGCUCAAAAAUGCCCAUCUCAGCACCGUGGUCCUACCAGCACCUCUAACCCUUGCCCUGGGCUGGUGACACCACAAGGCCAGAGAGGGCACAAUGCAGGGUGUCCAUCUGUCCAUCUGUGUGUAUGGGCAGACACAGCCCCUUCCUAGGAGCUGAUCUUCUUGGCAAAACCACCACUGCCACCCCAUGUGUGUCCUCUGGGGAUGCCAAGGAAGGAGCUGGAGGAAAAUGAGCACAAUCCAUUCUUCUCCUCUUUUAAUGGCACAGCCAGUGUUUUUCCUUCACGUCAAUUCAGUGUGGAAAUAGCUAAUUAAGUGAGAUUGGAUAAAUAUUCUAUUCCUGCUUAAAAUAAUAAUAAUAAUAAUCAAGGAAAACAGUGCACCUCAGCACAUCCCUGAGUCAGCCUCCCUUCUCCCCUUGUCUUCCCACAAACAGCCUGCAGCAGGGCACACACAACCCACAGCCAUGCCACCUCUCUGGGACCUAGGGGAAGAUUUUCAGGAGAAAAGCCAAUCAAGGACCACCACUGCAGCAACAGCUCUGAGAGCAGGGUGCUCAUUACCUCUCCUCCACCAUCCUCAACACAGGAACAUGCCAUGGGGCUGAGCUGUCCCACCCUGCUUCUGCCCCCAUGUCCCCACCAUGCCCAGGUGGGGGGAUGCUUGGGAAUGGUUGGGCACCACUCUGCAGCACUCUCAUGGAGUUCUUUUCCAAAACUCAUGUGCUAUCCAGAUGUUGAUUGUGCUAAAACAAUAUGACACAUCAGCAUCCUUGUUGUGUAGAAAAGUAACAGCAGGGAACGCAGCACCUGGAUUUUGGCUGAAAGGUACGGUACCGGGUGCCACUGUCAAGCAUAACUGGUCCAAAACAGCUCUGAUGGGUGUUAAUGAGUUAUUAAUACUGCAGAAGAUGAUCUGUUUGUCUCGAGGACAAAGUCCUUAAGGAACAGCAUGAGGAUUGAUCUUCUACCACAUUUACAUUAGCAAGUCAGCAUAGGAAGGAGGGAUGCACUGGUGACAUUUGCUAAUAAGACAAAAUCAGGAGGAUUUGGAAAUACAGAACAGAAGUAAAACAACUGGGCAACUCAGCAGACCAGAGCAGCAGUGCUGGGAUUGAGCAGUGGGAAAUGCAAAGGGGUUGAAUGGAAAGGCUUACACAGGGGACUGAUCCAGAUAAUCUCCUUUUCUCCUCAUCUUGUUCUCCCUUCCCCAUAUAUAUUUUCUCAAUAAUUAAUUGUUUUCGUGUUUGCUGUCUCGGAUCUGAAUGGCAGCACUGACUUCUCUGUCCUG